ACAUAUCGAAAUUAUGGGUGGCUGGUGUCCGAAAUCGAAAAGAAUCAUUUUUUGGGUAUUAUAUAUAAAUAAAGAUUUCGUUUGCCUUGUCGACUCUGUUUUCUUCGCGUUUCUUUUACUGUAAAAUUUGCAGGCUCACAGUACAGAGAACGUUCUUCUUGCCCUAAUUUUUUCAGAUCUCCUGAAUCAUUUAGAAGAAUCAGGCAUCGCAGCUCUGCAAAAUUCACUAGGGAAAUCACAGUAGAGAAGAAAGGCAGAUUGGGUAUAUUCUGCCGAAAGAUAUAUAGAUAUAUUUAUACAGGAGUGGAUUCAGGUUCGGGGUGGUUGACAUUUUAAAGGAAUCAUGGGCUGCUUUAGUUGCUGUGAAGAUGAUCCUAUCCAGAAAGCUUCUGAUGGUGGAAACCCCUUUAUGGCAAACAAUAUGGCAGGCAAUGUUGGUAACCAUCAAGCUGCAGAUGCAGCUCCAAAGGGAUCUCAAGUUGUGCAGGUCCAGCCCAUUGAAGUCGCUGCUAUUUCGGUAGACGAGCUCAAGGAAAUAACAGACAACUUUGGGUCCAAGGCUUUGAUUGGGGAAGGUUCGUAUGGAAGAGUAUACUAUGGUGUCCUCAAGAGUGGGCAAGCUGCUGCCAUCAAAAAGUUGGAUGCCAGUAAACAACCAGACCAGGAAUUUCUUGCACAGGUAUCAAUGGUAUCAAGGCUGACGCAUGAAAAUGUUGUGGAGCUGGUAGGCUAUUGUGUUGAUGGAAACCUGCGAGUUCUUGCCUAUGAGUUUGCUACAAUGGGAUCCCUCCACGACAUUCUUCAUGGCCGGAAAGGUGUCAAAGGUGCACAACCAGGUCCAGUUCUAUCAUGGGCACAGCGAGUUAAGAUUGCUGUAGGAGCUGCAAGAGGACUCGAGUAUUUGCAUGAGAAAGCACAACCUCACAUCAUCCAUCGUGAUAUCAAGUCCAGUAAUGUUUUACUUUUUGAUGAUGAUGUGGCUAAGAUAGCUGAUUUUGAUUUAUCGAAUCAAGCUCCUGACAUGGCUGCAAGGCUCCAUUCCACUCGUGUGCUUGGAACCUUUGGAUAUCAUGCUCCAGAAUACGCAAUGACUGGACAACUCAGUUCAAAGAGUGAUGUUUAUAGCUUUGGAGUUGUGCUUUUGGAACUCUUGACUGGCCGUAAACCUGUUGAUCACACAUUGCCAAGGGGCCAACAGAGCCUUGUGACAUGGGCAACACCAAGACUAAGUGAAGACAAGGUUAAGCAAUGCGUAGACACAAGGCUGGGAGGUGAAUACCCUCCAAAGGCAGUGGCCAAGAUGGCUGCUGUUGCUGCUCUGUGCGUUCAAUAUGAAGCCGACUUCCGACCAAACAUGAGUAUUGUGGUUAAAGCUCUUCAGCCUCUUUUGAAUGCCCGGCCCGCACCAGCUGGCGACAACCCGAGCUUGUGAGCUUCCUUUCCGACCCCCCCCCCCCCCUUCCAAAAGGAGUCAAAAGGAAAAGAAGAAAAGAAUGAGGGAAAAAAAAGGUGGUCUGAGUGUGUUGGGUCUUGUAGAUUGUGUACCAUUCCAUUCACUCUGAUUAUUUUGUAUGAGUUUGUGUUAUUUGAUUUCUCAAUAUCAGGCUUGUGACUGGGGACUGUGUAGAUGUGCAGGCUUCCCUAUGGUUUAAUACAUUUUUGGUAAUUCCUUCAAGUAGUUGUUAGAUUAUUUAAUAAAUCGGACUAGGUCAUAGGAAGACAAA